AGCCUUAAAUUCUUGUUAACUUCACUUGUAGGCUAGUACAGCCCGGGUGCCUUGCAUGCCUUUGUAGAGUUCUUAGGUUUUGGUGGCUAGCUAUGUUGCUCUUUUGCAUAAACGUUUGUGCAAAAUAUUGCCGAGGAGUGGCAAAGGGGUGUAAGUAUACCAUUGUGCUGGUGUACAUAAACAGUGCAAGUGGUUGCGUAGUUUUCAUGGGUCCUCUAGCAUUUACACAACUAUAGCUGCACCCACACACCAAGGGUAAGACAAACUUGUUGUGAUGGCCACAUCAGCAGUUGACCCACCCAUUUACAUUCUCUACCUAGCGCACAAUCAAAAAAUGAAAGCUGCAACAAUAGUACACUUCUUCUUGUUCUGUUCGAUGGUGGAAGCUCACUAUCCCACCAAGUGCCCUCACGUCUCCUUCAUGGGUCAGACUCUGGUAAACCACUCAUAUGUGGAUCUCAGUCAAGUUGGGAUCAGCACUGCAGACCCUGGAAAUACUGUGAGAUGUUGCACUGACCUGUGCACAUGCUGCAGCAACGAACAGGGAGAUGAUCGUGGAGGUUGGUUUCUUCCUAACGGAGGCUCUCUUUCAACUAGUUCUUAUGACUACGGUAUGAGAUACGGAGAUGGGAGAGUAGAUGUGUAUCGACAACACCACAGCAUGCCCCAAGGAAUAUACCGCUGUGAUAUUGAGACUAACGCAUUUCACGGAGAUCAAAUCACAGCCGGAGAAUCUGUUUUUGCUGGUUUAUACUUUUCUAAUGAAGGUGAUGUACAUAUCAACAGUUUGCUCAUAGGUGUUGACUCUGACCUCAAUGGAGCCAGUCCUCAGUUCACCCUCACCUGUAUCUCCACUGGUGGACCUGCCACCACUGUCACUUGGACCAGAGACUCCACACGUGUCGGUGGUACAACAAAGACAGUGCUAGAGGACCCAGUGACUGCACACUAUAUCCACAAUCUGACCGUUACAGGAAGACGCCCGGGGUUCUAUACUUGUAUUGUCGCUAACAAUAAGCCGUCAAUGGCAAAUGCGACGCUGAGUGUUGAAAUGGCAUCAGUUCCACCUAACCUGAUAGCAAUUCGGAAGGGCUCAAAAGAAAUCCAAUUGAACUGGGACCAACCUCCACCUACAGCAAAGACAAUUGGCUACACCAUAGAGUAUCAGAGUCACAGAGGAGAGAGUAUUGGUGUGGAUAUUGAUCUGAGCUCCACUAGCUACCAGGUGACUGGCCUUAUGAACGGGAUCCGCUACAAUGUUGCUUUUAUUUCAAGAUCUAACCACUACUACCAACGUAUCUCAAUUCCCAUAGCAAUGGUUCCUGAAAAACCAAGUGUCAGCAUUGCUGCAGUCACAAGCUCAUCUAUUGAUCCCUUUUGGAGUGUAUCAAGAGGCUCAGUUGUUACUAGCUACACUGUCACUUGGAAGAGCGACAUUUCUUUUGGAUGUCGUACUGAGCAUCAGGGAAGUCACACUACUCCAGAUAAUUCUUCUACGAUUUACACCAUAACAGGACUGGAGGAGAACAGUAGGUACAUCAUUACAGUCAGUGCAAGAAACGGAGCUGGUACUGGGCCAGAGAGUGAGCCUCUCAUUGUGGAAACAAAUGCUGCAGCUCCAUCUGCUGCUCCAACAUCAGUGAGAGUGACUGAAGACUCUUCCACCACUAUCACUGUCCAGUGGGAGGGAGUGGACUGCAUCCAUCGCAACGGCAAUAUAACUGGCUACUCGGUCCGCUAUAGUCACAUGGGAACUACACUACAGAAGACUAGCAACACAACUACUAAAGUUACAAUUUCGGGACUAAGUCCCUCUACAACCUACAUAGUUGAAGUUGCUGGAGUGACUAGUUUAGGGAUAGGUAGCUACAGCCUGCCUCUAAAUGCAACAACAGAUGGCCGUUUGUCAAUGAUUGGAGGGUCUACAUCACCUACCUCUCUCACAGUCUCACUACAACUCGCAGCUGGCUCACAAGCAAUUGGCUACACACUUACUUACCAGAAUGUCAAUAACACUGAUUGUUUCCGUGAUUCAGAUCAGAUAGGUGGCAACCAAACUACAUAUACUCUAAACCUUCUAGGUAACACGGAAUACAUUAUAGCUGUCAGUGCUGAAUUGAGUAUUGGUGAAGUAGAAGAAGACAGCUUCAUCACCGUCACUGCAGUGGCUGCUCCAUCAGUCCCGCCAACUUCUGUGGAAGUGUCAGUUGUCAACUCCACAACCAUCACUGUUCAGUGGGGUCAGGUGCCAUGUCGUUAUCAGAAUGGGGCUCAGAUAACAGGCUACUGGGUGAGGCAUGGGGAGGUGGGGAGUGGGAACACACAGACCAUGUCUGUGUCGGGAGACAGUGUCACUGAGACCACUAUCUCAAGUCUACUGCCAUCCACUAACCACUCCCUUCAAGUGGCAGCAGUCAACGGUGCUGGUACAGGGAUCUACAGUACUCCUGUCAGUGUUCUCAUACCUGAAAUGAAUGUGUAUGUAAGCCUCCGUGGAAGAGUUAUUCCUAACAAUGGCUAUGCAAUCAUCGAUGAUAUCGGCUCUUGGGACAAUGCUGUUCUCUGCCACACUGACCGUGCAGUUGAUUUUGGGGAUCCUUUCCGUCGUUCCGGAGGAAACUGGUUUGCACCAGAUGGAACUAGAGUCAAUGAAAAUGAUGUUCCAGGGUUCUACAGGAAUAGGGGACCUAUGGUCGUGAGACUGCAUAGAACUGACAGCACAGGCAACCAAGGGAUAUACAACUGCACUAUACAAGAUGCUACGACAAAAUAUCAGGCAGUAUAUGUUGGAUUGUACUAUCCAGGAAAUGGUGUAAUUAAUAUCUCUGGUGGUGUUUUAUACUUCAGUUGGAAUGUCAAUAGAGCCAUACCUCAGUUCACCCUCACCUGUAUCUCCACUGGUGGACCUGCUACAACUGUCACUUGGACCAGAGAUGCCACCACUGUCACCCAGGGAACUGAGACUGUGUUGAAUGACCCAGUGACUGCACAGUACACCCACACUCUGACUGUGACUACUGCAGGAGAGUACACUUGUACUGUGUCCAAUAAUAAGCCAUCCACUGCUUCAGCUAGCAUAACUGUCAGAGUUGCAUCAGCUCCUACUAAUCUAAUGGUAGUUCAGGAAGAUCUAACCAGUGUGAGGGUGUCUUGGACUCCACCCACACCACUGGGAGACACAACUGGGUAUAGAAUUGAUUUCAUUAGCAGUGGCAAUGAUACUGGCAGUGUGAAUGUGAGUGACUGGUCUUCUGGACACUGUGUCUUGCACGGUCUGAUAAGAGAGGCUACUUACUACAUUUCUAUUGUGGCUACAUCAGAACACCACCUUCCCAGCCACAGCCUCAACAGUCAAAUUACUUUAGUACCACUCCCAAGCCAACCAGCGAUCAAUGCACUGUCAGCAACAGCCACCUCCAUCUCCCUCUCCUGGAGGGUUCCCAGUGGUUCUACUACUGUGACUGGUUCGGAAGUGGUGUGGAAAUCAACUGAUGAAUCCUUUUCUGAGAGUGAAGGCGGUACAAUGAGUGGACCUCCUGUACUGAAUGGUAGUGGUGUCAUCACAGACACCAGUUACACUAUUGUGUUCAAUAGUAGUGGUACCUACAAUAUCUCAGUUGUGUUGGUAAAUGAAGCAGGAUAUGGUGUGAGUAGUCAACCUGUGAUCUUUACAGUCAACCAUCAAGGUGAGGAUGCUGAAGCGGCAGGGAACAGGGCAGUAGUGGCAGGAGUGGCUAUUCUAGCUGUGAUGCUCGUAGUUGCUGUAAUUGUCAUAGUUGUUAUCCUCUUGAGACCACCAGGAAGACACUGCUACUCUAAACCUAAACAACAACAAAAAGCUGCUCCUACCAAAAUAGCUGGUGAUACAUCGAAGGUGGAAGAAGUUGCGAGCCAAGAAGGGGACAUUGAAGAAGACCCUAGUGGCUAUGUUAUGGUGGAUCUGGCACGUUAUUCUCCUCGUGAGCCCACUAGUGAAGAAUUCCGCUAAAGCUGCAUCUAUGAUGAACAACAGGACAGUAGUGAUUAGCAACUGCAAUAAUUUAGCUGGAGUACUGACCAUUUUAGCAAUGUGGUAGUGCAAAACAUUUUCACUUAGUUUAAGUACCAGGUUUUUUUGUUAUUAAUGUGAGUGUGUGGCGUCUUAUAAUUGUAUGGCGUCUUUACUGAAUAACUGAUCUA